CAUAUUAAAGUGGCUAAACUUGUGAAGCUAUUAGCUAUAACUCCACUUCUAUCAUGUGAUACUCAUUUAAUUACUCCCUUCCCACCCUCUUUCAAACUUAGAUCACCGCUCCUCUAUUCAAUCCAUUCACAUAUUCACCCAAAAAAGACUACCAAUAUAAUGUACCUUUCUUCAAACAAUUUCCUACCCUAUUCUACAUUUCUCUUAGGCCAUUGUUUAUCCUCAAAACCCUCAUGAAAAACCUUUCAUUCAUCUUCCUUAAGAACUUAUUAACGGGUUCCAAAAUGCGACGAAGCUUCCACAACGUUUGUAACGACAACAAUUCGACUUCUACACUCGAUCAAAACCCGCCUUCAAUAACCUUUGCACCAUCCCAACAACCAUCAUGUUCAUCAUACAAUGAAAAUGAUCAUAAAGCCCGUAAUGCACCUCCUAGGAAGAGUGUAACCUUAGAAGAAAUGAUCCUACAACUUGAACUAGAGGAAGAAUUAGCAAGAAAAGAAAAGAUGCAACAAGAAAUGAACUUCCCAAUACCUCGUAGGAUGUCGUGUGUUAACAACUCCGAUAUACUAAGAUCAGCACGAAAUGCAUUGAAUCAAUACCCGCGAUUCUCAUUAGAUGGCAGAGAUGCUAUGUAUAGGUCUUGUUUUCGUAAAAAUGUAGGCUCGAGUGCAAUCGAUGGGCUAAAACUUGGUAGGAUAUUGCAUUUGCCACAAAGUGUAGGAGGAGAAAGUGUUAUAUGGUGUAAGCCAGGAGUAGUGCCCAAGUUAAUGGGCUUAGAAGCUAUGCCUUUGCCUAUUAGCAGACUUUAUAGUACCAAAAGUACCAAUAGAGAUGUUAAUAAGCACAAGUUUUGUAAUCUAAAGAGAAGGGAGAAAAAAGAGGCGGAGAGGCGACAAACGAUGAAGCAUGUAAGGGAUUCAAAUGUAUGUUGUGGUGAUAUGAAGAGAUUUGGGCGUGAUGGUGGCGGCGGCGGUGGUGGUAGUCAUUCUUCUUCUUCAAUAGGGUAUUGUGUUAUGAACCCAAUUGCUAUUGAUAAUGUAUGUGGUCAUAGAGGACAGUCUUCUUGUAAUUAUCCUGAGGUUUCGUAAUCAAAUUACUCGUUUCAUAGUCUUAGGUUAGGCAGGCUCGAGCCUAAAUCUGCACCUGAUGAAGAUGAUGAUUACUCGUUAUCAAUAUUUUUGGUGAUUAACACUAUUUGUUUACAAUAGUUUUACCCUGAUACUUGGGAUUUAACGUAGUUUACUGUAAUAAACUGGAAAGCAUAGGUUAUAGAUACAAAAACUUAAUGCAUAUACAUAAAAGGACAAAAGUUAUGAUGUAAUCCUUUAUUAUUGUGUGACACUUCAUGCACUUUGAUAGUGAACUUUCAUCUACCCUCGAUCCCCAUCUUAUUAGGAUGGUAUGUCUCACAUCAACAAAUUAAAGAUGUGUGCCCUUCCCCCUCUUGCCAUUAAUAAUCAAUAGAAUGGUACAAAAAAUCAAAAGAAGAUCGUCAUCUAAAUCUGCUCAAUCCCCAUCUUGUUGGAAAGAUUUAUUCCAUAUCGAUGAAUUAAAGAUGUAUUUCCUUCUUUCCAUUGCCAUUAAUAAUCAAUAGAAC